CAACGUUGACGAGUUUUUAAAGGUAAACAAAACGUCAUCGAAAUGGCCGGGGAAAACUCGGAAACUACGAUAAAAUUAGAAAAUCUUAGUAUAAGUGACAAAAACGGCUUUGAUUUAAAUGGUACUCAAUCAAGUGAUAUUAUCGAAUCAGGUUUACCCCUUGAUGAUGUUUAUAGAUUAGCGCUUAGUUUUUAUAAAGAAAAAAGUGGUAAAGCUUGUCAUUUCACUUAUGAAGAUAAUUUGCAAUUAGUUGCUUUUUCUCAACAAGUUGUUCAUGGUCCAUUGACAGAUGUAAUAAAUAAACUACCUCCUUUAGGUACUUUGGAUGUAGUUGGCAAGGAUAGGCGUGAGGCUUGGUUAAAGCUUGGUCAACUAUCAAAAGAUCAAGCUAGGACCGGUUUUGUUGAAUUGUUAAGUAGGAGAUGUCCCCUUUUUUCUACAUUUGUUGAAGCUCACAGGAGAGAGCGCGAUGAACAGAAACGAAAGCAAAAAGAAGAUAUGUCUAAAAGAAGUGAAGAAGAGGCAAUUCGAAAGAGAAAAGAGGAAGAACACCAAUUGGCUUUGGAACAAAUGCAGCAACAAGAAGCGAUUAAACGACAAAUUCAACAAGCUUUGAAUGAACAAACUUAUGAUCAGUUCAGAAAAUAUGCCGAACAACAAUAUCCAGGAGAUCCAGAAAAACAAGGGACACUAAUAAGGCAGUUGCAGGAACAACAUUACAUUCAAUAUAUACAGCAGUUAGAACUCUCACAAAGAGCUGAUCAGAUAAACGAGAAGAGUGAAGUAGCCAGUAAUGAUGGUGAUAAUACAAAAACUAAAGAAGAGACUGAAACAAAUGAAAGUUUACAUGAAGAUGAUGAUGAAGAAGAAUGUCCUAUAUCAGCUGCCAGUAUGUGGACCCUUCCAGAUAUUGACACAUUUAAACAGAAGGUUUCUCAAACUGAAGGUGACGGUGUUGUCAGGGUGGGCCAUGGUGAGACAAUUACUGUCAGAGUUCCUACACAUCCAGAAGGGUCGCGGCUAUUCUGGGAAUUUGCCACAGAUCACUACGACAUUGGAUUUGGCGUAUAUUUUGAAUUUGGCACCCCUAUGACAGAAGAGGUAUCUGUUCAUGUUUCUGAAAGCGACGAUGAAGAUGCUGAAAUUGACGAAGAAGAGCUUUAUGCAGAUGAAACCCUAAGACGCGAUCUUGAAGCAGGAGGAUUAGACUUGCCAUCGAUUGCAAAGCCAACUGUUGUUGAAAUAAUACCAGUGUAUAGACGCGACUGUCAGACAGAAGUGUAUGCUGGUUCGCACUGCUAUCCUGGAAGAGGUGUCUAUUUACUUAAGUUUGAUAAUUCUUAUUCGUUGUGGAGAUCCAAAACUCUUUAUUAUAGGGUAUAUUAUACACAUUAAAUUAUUAUUAAUUAUUUUAAAUUAUUGUUAGGUUAUCCACAAAUUCCUGCUUAAAAACUAUUUACUUAAUAUAUUUGGAUUAUUUAUUAUCAAAGAAUGAUUUAGAAAAAGUUCAAUAUUCAAAAAUUCAGUAGGAACUUCUUUGAAGAAUCUAAAUUUUGGGCAGUCAUGUUUUCUUUAAGACUGAAGAAAAGCUUAUUACCCUAUAAAUUUUAUUUAUUGGCCAAGCCAUAUUACUAGAUGGAAGUAAAUUAAUAUUUUCCCAUCAGUUAAAAUAAAUGUAACUUGUUGCUGAUUACAGUACAUAAUAAAAAAAACAACCCUAAAUGGUAAUGUUACUGUAUCCAUAAAUUUGUCUCAGUGAUAAAUUUUGUGACAUUGUUUUUUUUUCUGUUUGUGCAAUAAUAAAUAUAUAAUAAAUAAAAUAGAUUUAUAAUGAAGCAAUUUGUAUUUAUUAUUUGUAUAAUUUGAUAUUCUAAAAGGCACAUUCGGAUAUACAUAUUGAAUAAAAACAUUUUAUCACUUCAUAAAAUAUACAUUAAACAUUUCUUUUUAAUAUGUAAAUAACAUUUAUGGCAUAAAUAUUUAGAACUGUUCAGGCAAAUGCUUAAUAUACCAGUUACAACUACUCCAGAAGAAAAAAGUCUAAGUAAAAUUAUCUAACGAAAACAAUUAGUAUUUUAAUUUGUAUUAUUACACCUCUGCAUUUCAAUAAAUAUUUAAGUAGUUGAAA